AUGGCUGAUCAAACAGUGCUGAAGGCUUUUAAGCGCUUUGACAAAGACGGGUCGGGAUCAAUCACACGAGAAGAGCUCGGUCAGGUGUUGAAGGAACUGAAAAGCUCCGAAUGGGAUGAUGACUCCAUUGAUGAGUUGCUGGCAGCUGCUGAUUCCAGUGGUGACGGGCAGUUGCAGGUUGAGGAGUUCGUGAAAUGGGUCUUUGCUGAAGAACAGACCAUCUCCUCCGGUACGACAGGAAAGUUCAAGUUGCGAGUUUCAGGCUGUUCAAGACCGGAGCUGAACGGUGACUAUGUGCAACAGAAGGAGUUCUACUACCGCAGGCCAAUAUUCCAUUGUCUUGAGAAUGAGCGCUACCUGUUCUACCAUGGCAAGAGGCAGCAGUGGCAGAUCUUCUCAAGCACAGGAACUACCGCUUCUGCUCGAUUGAAAACCUUUCGGGCAGCUCACAUGCCGGGUGACGGAGUAACCUGGGCUGUUUGGAAAACCAGCACAAAGAGUCACAAGAAGAGCUUCAUCAAAGAGUCUCGUAUGAAAUGUACCGCAGAGCCGAGUAUGACAGCAGAAGAAGAGUUCGCCAAAGCUGCCGAUGCAAUCAAGUUUGAUGAGAUUUUCUUCAAGAAGACCGACCAGACUUUGGGCAACCGACCCGUUUACAAACAAUGGAAAGGCGAUGACUGGGCUGAGCGUUUCCUCUUCUAUGAAGGACCAAAGAGUAUGUGGAAGAUUGGAAACUCAGCGGUCUUCGGGAGGCCCUCCUUGUACACCUCACGAACAACCGAUGUGUAUUCUCCAGAUUUGGCCCUUUGGAUGGACGAGGCUCGUGGUGGGAAGAUUGCCGUGCUGGCAGUGGACACAGAUGGAGUCCCCAAUGGCAUGCACGGUGGUUUGAAAAUCCAAAAACGGAUCAAAGAUGGAUGGAAAGAUCCGGCCUUCCCCCACAACAAUGACUCGGUUGGUGAAAAGGCGGCUAGCAAAUGCAAGUACAGUCGAUGGCUUAGAUCCAUGGCUCUACAUCCUCAUCCUGCUCUCUUUGCAGAUGUAGAGCCUGCGGAUGCAUGCCAAGGCACUGUUGGCAACUGUUGGCUGAUAGCGGCGAUGUCCGCCUUGGCGGAAUUCCCAUCCUACAUCAAGAACAAUCUCUUUGUGACCAAGAAGGUUUCCAGGGACGGCAAGUACCAAGUGAAGCUCUAUGAUGGCCGUACCAAACGCUGGGAAAUCAUAGAAAUUGAUGACUACUUGCCAUGCACGCCUUGGGGUGGAGACGAACCAGACCUACUCUUUGGAACAAUCAAAGAUGGAAAGAUGUGUAUGGCGCUACUUGAAAAAGCUUUCGCCAAGAUGUACGGCAGCUGGUCUGACCUCACAGGUGGCUUUCAAGCCGUAGCUUGGUUCCACAUGACCAGCUGCACAGAAUUCAUGUGUUACAGCGCAUCUUACCGUGGAUCGGCACCGAAGUGGGUGGUCACUGAAAGUGGCGGAAUUCCGGUGUUUGCGGGACAUUCCAAAGACAAAGCCAAGAAGCGUAUAGGCCAACUUGGAGAAGGCGCGCAAUUCUUGGAGAAGCAGAGGAUUGGAUCUUGGAUGGAAUUUGAGAAGCUCGAGGGCGAAGGAGCUGCAUCUGGAUGGAUGCGAUACUACGGGAAUGGCCGGCGGCUGGCCAAGCGGACCGCCGCGAAUGAGCUACGCAUCAUUGUCAUUGAUGCUGCCGUGGUGCCCGAACAGGCGAUGGGAGCCAUUUGCUCUGGAGGGGACAAGACAGCGGUCAGCAAAGCCUUCAAUUACAAGUUCAAGCAGUAUGUGGAGGUGGAGGAAAUGUGGCAACGGCUCAUGGACUAUGACAAAGGAAAUUACCUAAUGGCAUCUUCAGCUUCAAAGUCCCGAAUUGAAAGAGAUUCUGGGAUGGUCCAUGGUCAUGCCUACAGCGUUCUGCACGCAGUCGAGAUAGAUGGCCUCAGGUUGGUUUGCUGCCGAAAUCCAUGGGGCAAUGAAUCCGAAUGGAACGGACCUUGGAGUGACCGCAGCUCCGAAUGGAAGGCCAAUCCCAAGAUCGCUGAAGCGUUGAACGUGGAUUUCCAAACGGAGGGCAGCUUCUGGAUGGAUUUCGAGGAUUGGCUGUAUGUCAUGGGACAGCUGAAGGUGAUGAUUUGUCAAAUGCCAUCGAGACGUGGUGACUUUCACAAUCAGAUCGUAGAAGAGGACGAGGAGGAGCAGGAGGAUUCUGAAGAGGUAGAUGUGGAUGAGGAUGAAGAUGGAGGACAACCAGUGACUGGUUGCUCCGGAUUGAGCGUUGAUUGGCACCCUGCACGUUCUAUGGAAGAGGGUAUGGUCUUGUACCCAGAAAAAGAUUAUACUUUCCAGAAUGUUCCUGGCGGGCUUCUAGGUGGCAUCUAUAUUGGUAGCAAUUGCUGGCCGAAGGCGGGCACCUGGACCAUUCAAUAUCAAGCUCCAGCCAAGCUGUACGUGUGGGCAGCUCAAGGACAGUUCAAUGGUGGAGUAGAUGAAGCGCUCAGCGCAGACGGUUGGACAGCGGAAGCUGCCGAAGGCUUCUGCGGUGGUGCCCUUUCUUUGAAUUUGUGGAGUAAGCAGUUUGACACGGGAUCCACCUACAGCAUUGAGAUCACGGCGGACACCAUGAUCGGCGGUGUGAUUGGCACAUCUCCCUGUGCCCCAUGCGUGCCAGCCAGACCUCCGACAUCAAGUGCAGCAGUGACUGAUUGCUCAGGGUUGGGCGUGGAUUGGCGGCCUGCACAGAUCCUGGAAGAGGGACUUCUGUUGUAUCCAGAAAAAGGCUACAAAUUCCAGAAUGUGCCAGCCCCGCUUCUUGGUGGGACAUACAUUGGCAGCCACCUUUGGCCAAUGGCUGGCACUUGGACCAUUCAAUACCAAGCUCCAGCCAAGAUCUACGUGUGGGCCGCCAAGGGCGAGUACAACGGUGGAGUCGACGAGGCGCUGCGUGGCAACGGUUGGGUGGCGGAAGCUGCGGAGGGCUUUUCGGGUGGUGGACUCGACCUGAAUUUGUGGAGCAGGCACUUCACGACAGGGUCCUCCUACAAGAUUCAGACUACGGGUCUCAUGUGUGGCGGAGUGGUGGGCACACCAUUGAAGUGCAGUGGAAAAGUGACAGGUUGCUCAGGUCUGGGCGUUGGAUGGAAUCCGCCGAGAGGAAUGGCAGAGGGCAUCCUCAUUUACACGGACAAAGACUAUUCUUUCCAGAAUAUACCUGCCUGCUUGGCCAGUGGUACCUACAUUGGCAGCCACUGUUGGCCCUCACCAGGCACGUGGACCAUCGAGUACGAUGCUCCUACCACCCUGUAUGUGUGGGCUCAGCAAGGCAAAUACGGUGGAGGAGUUGACGCGGUGCUCAAAGCUGAUGGUUGGGUUUCAGAAGAUGCAACUGACUUCAAGAAUGUGGCGCUUGAUUUGGACGGAUUUGGUAGUGGACUUCCGCUGAAUCUGUGGAGCAGGCAUUUUGCCACCGGUUCCUCCUACAGCAUCCGGACCAAUGAGCUCAUGAUAGGUGGUGUGGUUUCUGAAUGUAGUGACGUUUAA